CUUAAUGUUUCCACAUCAAAAAAUUUCAUAAACAAUUUGUGUAUUACACAAGAUCAAAAUAUAGCCUUGCCCUUAACUUAUCGCAAUUAUCUCGAAUUAUCCGAAUGUACAAAAUACGGGAUAUAACAUUGAUGUCGACAAUCAAUGACUUUCCAGCAUAUUCUAUGUUAUCAGGAUGGAGUACAGGUGGCAACUUAGCAUGUCCUUAUUGUAUGGAGGAAACACAAUCCUUCAGAUUAAAACAUGGUGGGAAAACAACUUGGUUUGACAGUCAUAGAAUGUUUCUUGAUCAAAAUCAUCCAUUUAGGAGAGAUAGUAAAAACUUUCUUAAAGGUCAUACUGUCACAAGGCCACCACCUACCGUUAGAACAAGAGAAGAAAUUUUGAAUCAAAUUUGUGAGUUGGGGAUAAGAAACGUAACUGAGUUAUAUGCACAAGAAGUUAAUAAGAGGAUAUGUAAUUCAUGCAGAUGGAAAAAACGAAGCAUCUUUUGGGAUUUGCCUUAUUGGAGUUCUAACAUGAUACGACAUAAUCUUUGAUGUCAUGCAUAUUGAGAAGAAUGUCUUUGAUAAUGUGUUUAACACUGUUCUUAAUGUUGUUGGCAAAACCAAAGACAAUCGGAAAGCACGUCUAGAUAUUGCAAAAUAUUGCGAUCGACCACAGUAAGAAAGGGAUCCUGAUGGAAGCUAUCCCAAAGUUGCAUAUACAAUAGAAAAGAAUGAAAAAGUUGUCUUGUUCGAUUGGUUGGAAGGUGUGAAGUUUCCAGAUGGGUAUGUUUCGAACAUGAGUCGAUGCCUGGACACGGACAAAUUUAAGUUAUUUGGCAUGAAAAGUCAUGAUUGUCAUGUGUUCAUGCAACGACUAUUGCCAAUUGCCUUUCGUGAGCUACUUUCUAGUAAUGUGUGGCAGACACUUAUAGAGUUGAGUUUGUCUUUUAAAGAUUUUACUUCAACUGUUCUCCGAGCAGUGGACUUGGAGAGAUUAGAGGUACACAUCCCACAGAUCUUGUGUAAGUUAGAACGCAUAUUUCCCUCGGGAUUCUUUAACUCAAUGGAACAUUUACCCGUGCACCUGCCAUAUGAAGCACGGAUUGCUGGACCUGUACAAUACAGAUGGAUGUACCCUUUUGAGAGGUACCUUCGAACUCUUAAAAACAUGAUUGGGAACAAAGCUAGUGUUGAGGGUUCCAUUUGUGAAGCAUACUUGAUGGCGGAGUCAACACAAUUGUUUUCUCAUUAUUUUGAACCUCAUGUUAUCUCACGUCAUCAAAAUGUGGCCCGUAACAAUGAUGGUGGUGUUGUAGAAGAUAUUGAAGGAAAUGUUUCAAUAUUCACUCAUCCAUGCAAACUAUCGCGAGAAGAAAAAAAAAGAGAUUUGUCCCUUGAAGAAAUCAAGGCUGCCCAAACUUAUAUUUUACUAAAUACUAAAGCGGUUGAGCCAUUUGUGAGUAUGUAUGUGCAACGUUUGCAAGAAGAGUUCCCGAAUCUAUCUCAAGAUCAAAUAGAUGAGAGUCUUGAAACAUAUUUUUCUAUAUGGUUCAAGGAAUAUGUUCGAUCCAAUCAUAUUGAGAACAAAUACUUGCGUAGUCUUUCUCAUGGACUAUUAAUAAGAGCAUAUGAUUAUCCAAUGUGUUUUGUUAAUGGAUACAAAUUUCACACAUUACGUCGCGGUAGUGCUAGAUUAACAAUGAACAGAGGAGUUUGUAUCUCGGAUCCAAAUGUUGGCGAUUACUAUGGACGGAUACAAGAGAUUAUACAAGUGGAAUACCGUGAAGUAGCUUUAAAGAAAACUACAUUAUUCAAGUGUGAAUGGUUUGAUACAACUAUGAAUGUUGGUGUUAAGGAGCAUAAUCAGUACAAAUUGGUCGACGUUAACCAUCGUCGUCGGUUUAACAAAUAUGAACCUUUUUUUCUUGCGAUGCAAGCAACUCAAGUGUGUUAUGUGUCUUAUCGUAGCACAAAAAAGGACAAGGAUGAUUGGUUAGCUGUAUUGAAAGUCAAACCUUGA